AUGCGGACAAGCUUAUCACUUGAGGUAGUGACAACAUACCAGUUAGGCAGUUCUUUCUCUGAACUCUCUUUUUUGUGGGUGCGGAUUUCGACUUCAGAGCUCAAAGACAUGCAGCAGUUGAAGCUUCCAGCCUGCCUCAUAAAAUCUCUGCCUCUUUCUUCACUGCCCCCUACCUCCUCCUCCACCCUCCAGCACAUUGCUUCUUCUCACUCUAGAGGAAUUGCAAAGGUUGUAUUAAAAAAGGGAAAGACACAACUUUUUAAGGAUGGAAAUCCAAUGGUGUAUAGUGGAGCAGUUGAUAGAAUAAUCGGUAGACUGCCACCCAAGACAGGAGACAUUGUGCUGGUUGCUGAUGGAGCAGAGAAACCUAUAGGGUGGGGGUUUUAUAAUUCAGUUUCCAUGUUCUGUGUUAGGCUUAUGCAGCUAGAAGAGGAAGCAACUAGAGAUCCUUCUUGUGCAUUGGACAUGAAGAAACUGCUUGAAACAAGAGUUAAUGCAGCGAUAGAGUUACGAAGGAGGUUAGGUCUGCCCUCGUCUCAUACAAAUGCAUAUCGCCUUGUCAAUAGUGAAGGAGACAGAUUGUCUGGAUUAAUUGUUGAUGUCUUCGGAGAUUCAGCUGUGAUAGCAUCAUCUGCUGCUUGGGUUGAGAAUUACAAACCAGAAGUAGAGGCUUUCAUCGAUAGAAUUGAUGGAAUUAACCAUAUAAAUUGGAGACCAUCUGUUGAUAUUUUAAAAGAAGAAGGAUUGGAUGUGUCAGAUAUGAAAGAAGAGCAUACUUGCCCCAAAAGAAUAAAGGUUAUGGAAAACGGCAUCUCUUAUGCAAUUUCAUUGGGGGGCCAGAAGACUGGAUUUUAUGCUGACCAGCGUGAAAACCGCAAGUUCAUAUCUACAAUUUCAAAUGGCCAGAAAGUUCUUGAUAUUUGCUGCUACAGUGGUGGUUUUUCUCUAAAUGCAGCACAUGGAGGUGCAAUAGAUAUCACAGGAGUCGACACUUCUAUGCCUGCUCUGGAGCUUGCUAGAGAAAAUAUUAUUCUUAACAACCUGGAUCCAGGAAGAAUAUCAUUUUUGAGAGAAGAUGCCACUGAAUUUAUGAAGGGUGCCCUUUCUAGAAAUGAAUCAUGGGAUGUUGUGAUUUUGGACCCUCCUAAAUUAGCACCGAGAAAAAAGGUUCUUCGAAGUGCAUCAGGCAUGUACAGAAACAUGAACUCUCUAGCAUUGAGAUUAACAAAGAAAGGUGGCCUUCUCAUGACUUGCUCUUGUUCAGGAGCUAUGACCCAAAGUGGGAUGUUCUUGCGAGUUCUCCAGGGUGCUGCAUCCAUGGCAGGAAGGAAAAUCUCAGUUCUGCGAGAGGCUGGAGCAGCUUCGGACCAUCCUAUUGAUCCAUCGUACCCAGAAGGGGCGUACCUUUCCAACAUUUUACUUAGAGUACUAUAA